UUUCUCAUUUCUCACUCACAUUGCUACUCUUUCUUAUUCUUCAACUAAAAAUCAAAACCGAAAAUAAAAAACCCUCUUUUACUUCUUUUUAGGGUUUCUCUCUCUCUCUCUCUCUCAGCAACAAUGCAGCGAAGAAGAAUCAAUGUUCAUGGGGUUGAACCUUGUGACAUAUGUGGUCAUUUUGGCUUUGGUGAAGUAAUUGUUACUUGCUCUAAAUGCAAAGUGAAUCGUGAACAUGUUUACUGCAUGAAGAUUAAUCUCAUGGAAGUUCCAGAUUACUGGCUUUGUGAACCAUGCCAAUCCAACAAUGGUUCAACUUCACAAUGUAUAGCGAAGCAGGAUUCUGGCUUGCAGGCUUCCAAAAGGCAACAAUCUGCUAGAACAGGCCCAAGAGGGAAAGUGAAGUACCUUCAAGAGGAUGAAGUUAUCAAGCUUUCUAGUUGUAAUGUUUCCAUCAAACCUACUCCUCCAUCGAGCUCCAAUUUGCUGAUGACUAGGAAGGUUAAUCCAGGAAGACCUGCUUUGUCGAUGACCAGAAGGGGUCGUGUGGCAUCAAAAAGUCUUCUUACAAAGAUUCCAUCCUUGACUCCGAAACCAAAUCCUAGCAUAUCACCUAUGGCACAUGGGAUGUUUCCAAGAAAUGGAGGUCAGAAAAAUCCAAUAACCAAUCUACAUGCUUCAUCAUCAUUAGGACCAUUAAAGGAGCAUAGACUUGCAUCUGAACGACGAGUGGGUCCACCAAUACCUAACAGAAAAGUUCAAUAUGCCGAUCUUCGUAUAGAAAAGCGUACAAGAGAGUCACCCAAUAAUGAUUUAUCUGCUACCAAAUCUGUACCUGUUGCUGUUUCAGAUGUUGCUGAAUAUAAUGUACUUAAUAUGGAAAAAAGCAAGAUUCAGAGUUUUGUUGAAAACUUCCCGCGUUAUCAAAAAUAUUUUCCCUCUUCAAUUCGUGCUUGGAGUGGCCAAUUCCAAAUUCGUCAAGAAGCUGCAUCUGGUGGAAUUUAUGAUGGGUUUGAGGCCCAACCUCCAUGCACUAUUAAUAGGAAGGCAUACAAUCUUUCAAGCAAAAUUCCCUCAGUCCUUCAACUGGAAUCACUUCCUGCUUUGAAUGUCUUGACUGAUGAAUUCCAGAAUUAUUCUCCCAGUCUUCAAGAUAUAGCGUUAUACUUCUUUCCAUCAGAUAACAAUGAGAGGUCCAGAAAGAACCUGAACAACCUCUUGAAGUUUAUGAAUGAUGAAAACUUAAUGUUGAGAAGUUUAAUUAAUGGAGUGGAGUUAUUUCUAUUCACCUCACAUAAGCUCAGUGAUGAUUCAAGGGGUACUAUUGCUGUUGUGCAUGAAGGAUAUUUCCUGUGGGGAGUUUUUCGCACAAAGAAAUCUGUUACUGCUAAUGAAAGAUUACCUCCUGACAUGGAUCCUAUUGAUGAUGAUAUGGACAUUGAUAUGAUGGGAGGAAAUGAUGUGGGAAGAAUUGAUAAUGUUCUUAAUCACAAUCUCAAGAGUUCCUCUCAGUUGCCGUUGGAAAGAACACCUCUUCAGAGCAGCACUUCUAAGAAGGUAGAAGAAAAGACCUCAACCUCUUCAAGCAAUUUGAAUGGUAGGGACAUAUCAAUUUCAUCUCAAGAGCUUAGAAAGAAGAUCAAAGUUGAGCAUUCUUCUGACCCAUCAUCGGGGAGCCCAGCCAAGAAGUAUCGUAAAGUGCUCGACAUACUUGAUGUUCCACCAGGCUUUCAACCUCAUGGUACAAAAUAGUCAUUGUGAAAUUCCAUUCAAUGAUGAAAAGUCUAGAAUUAGAAUAUUACUAGAUUGAGGCCCGCUCAUUGCGCAGGUGUAGAAUAGUAAAAUGGUAAAUGUUCCGAUGAAUGUGAUGUUCAUAAUAUCUUAAAGGUGGAGAUAGUUUUCUUAUGGGAAUAUUAGUAUUUUUUACAUAA